CACAGCCUCUGCACCCAUUUGAACGAGGCGCACCCAAGAGAGUGUUCCCUGAGCCAAGAUGUCGCACAAGAUACUGCUACUGUUCCUGCUCGGCUUCGUGGCCUUAGCACUAUCAGCUCCUGCUACCACCGAAGAGGAGCUCAGCCCUGCCGCCCAAGACGAGACCAAGGACGAGCCCCUCCAGGAGGAUGAUGGUGAGGAAGAUGAAGAGACCCAAGAGGAGCCCGAGGACGAUUCAGAAGGUGGAACCGAAAACGAUGAGAACCCAGGAGAAGCAGAAAACGAGGUAGCUGAAGUGGAGAAAGACGAGAAUGUUCCUGAGAAAAGACAUCAUCUCUAUCGUCGCUGCCAUCGCGUGUGUCGUCGCUCCAGAUAUUGCAAAUCGUAUUUUGGAAAGCACAAGUUUUACUAUAAGUACCACUGCUACCAGAAGUGUUUUUGCAAAGUUAAAUACUACCACUGCCGUUACCGUCGCCGCUGCGUCUGGAGGUACAAAUACUACCACGGAAAGCCCCGCCGUUACCGCCACUGCUACCGAUACUGCUAUCGUCGAAUUCUUAAGUACAGAAAGGUCCCUUGCCGGGGAUAGAUUUCACACUGGUUGCCAUGGAAACGAUUGGAACACAAAGAACGGAACACAAGGACUGAACACCGGACCUGACAGCGAAAAUUUUGUUGAUUUUUUUUACUCUAAAACCGACAUGAUUUUUAAUUUCUAUAUAAUUGUAAGAUUUUUAUAAGUGUAAAAAUAAGUUUGUAAGGGACGAGCAAUGAAAUAAAACAUGAACAUUCAA